UGCUCGCCACUGCGUUGACUCGGCUGAACAUUGCGGUUUGAAGUGAGACUGGUGUACACUAACAAGCUUGCGCCACACGCCUUAAACCUAAGGUAUAGCAGUUUCAGACACGCCACUCAGCUUGCCAUGACCACGCAAACACAUGCGGCAACUGAUUGGCCAAGUACGGACAUCAGCGAAUCAUCGCACAGCGACGCAUACAGUUUUCCCGAGAGGAAAACAACGAUGAGAGCGACGAUAAAAGACGGUGUCAUCCACUCGCCCUAUCCGGACGUGCACGUUCCAUCGUGCUCGCUGUUUGCCCUCCUUGAAGAGCGCAUGCUGAGAAGCGGAGACAAGGCGGCGAUUCUCUACCGCGACAAAGCGGUCUCUCACGUCGAGCUGCUGCAGCGCUUCAGGUCCUGCGCGGCCGGCCUGCAGGCUUUCGGGCUCGGCAGGGGCGACCGAGUCUACACGCGCUUCUGCAGCUCCAGCGUCGACGGCCUGAUUGCCUUGUGCGCCGUGAUUUUCACCGGAGCCACGGUCAUCAUCGUCGGAGACUUCACGCAGGCGGAGCACUUGGCCAGCAUCAAGUCGCUGGACAUCACGCACCUCCUCACCGAUUCCGAAACAGCCAACAGACUGAUUCCUUUGCUACCGGAGCUGAAACUCAAAGGCGCGCUGUCUGUGGACGAGUUGCCGGGCUUCACGUGCGUGUCGUCUCCGCAGUGGGCGAACGGAAAACACUUCCACGACAACUGGAACAGCGCCACCUGUGAAGACGACGUAGCCAUGAUUGCGUACAGCAGCGGGACGUCCGGGCUUCCAAAGAACAUUGAAAUACCACAAGGGUGCCUCCUCUACUGCCUGGUCGCAGCCGAGGUCACCCAGCCACUGACGUCAGAGGACAUAUGCGUCACCGGUGCCAACAUCUGCACGUACAUUGGUUUCACGCUUUACCUCAAGGGACUAUACCUUGGCGCCACAUACCUGAUGAUGGAGCAGCGUGAACGCAUACACGGCCUUGUAGACGCCAUUGUCAGGCAUAAGGUGACGUGGUUCAUGAGCCCGCCUCUUCGCGCGCUGGGCUACGCACGGCAAGUGCAGCAGAGUGGCCGUGGUCCACCACCAUCGCUCAGGAGCAUAUUGCUCGCCGGCUCGCCGUUGUCCACGGCCGUCGCUCGAGAAGUGGGGGCCACCUUACAACCGGGCGAGAUGCGCAACGCGUACGGCACCACUGAAACCGGCGGCAUUCUCACCAUACCUCCACAGGGAGAGUGCUGCUUCGACAACGUCGGGUUUCCGCUGCCCGGAACCAGGGUCAAGGUUAUUGACACAGAGUCUGGUACAGCAUUGGGACCCAUGGAAGAAGGUGAAGUCCUAGUGCACUCCCCUUCCACCAUGAAAGGCUACUACAAAAUGAGUGACGAAACUGCGGCUGCUCUGGAUGCGCAGGGAUGGUUUCACACAAACGACGUCGGCUACUACGACGAGGACGGCCGCUUGUAUCUAAUCGACCGGGCCAAGUUCACGUUGGACUGCUACGGCAAGAAAGUGAGUCCCUGCGAGCUCGAAGGCUGCCUCAUGGAACACCCGGACGUGGCCGAAGCAGCCGUGCUGGGAGUUCCGCACUCCCGAGCAGGCGUGGUACCUGCCGCUAUCGUGGUGCUGAAGCCAUGUAGCAAAAACAGCGGCGAGGAGCUGGCCGAACAAAUCAAGAUUCACGUGGCGGCCCGUCUUUCACCGUGGAAGCACCUCUACGGUGGUGUUUAUUUCACCGACGCCAUUCCAAGAACUGAUACUGGAAAGAUACUGCGUCGCAAGCUGCCCGAACUCCUCGUUUCGUUGCCGCGAAUCGACCGGCCUGGCCCGACACCGUGAAUCCGUCCACCACGUGCUGCGCUUGCAAAAGUUUGCGAGCGGCCCACGCCGUUGGAAAUGCGAGACCAGAAGACCACAACCAAGUGGACGUUAGCAUUAUUUCGACGUUUCUAUCUUUCAUCCAAGGAAAGAAGAGACAUCACAGUGGGUUUAGGUGAAGGACUCUGCUCGUUCAAUGAUGAGGAAAAAGCGAAAGGCUAAGAAAUUCACGGCACACCACAAAAACAAAAAAAAACGCCAGGCCUGCUUGGUAGG